AUGAACACGACGAACAAAGAAAAAACUACCCGGGAGGGUCCCGUUCGCGGGGAAUCCCUUGGUGGGUCGGACAGCCGGCCCAUCGGCCCCAUUGUAUACGGGGGGGCCAUUCGCCGUGUGGAGGAGGAGAGUAGGAUAGGUUCAGCAGGAGGAAGUAAAGAGAAGGAGAGAGAGAGAGUAAGGAGGCUGUCAGAUUCAGACUCAGACAGCAGAGACUCCAUGGCAAGCGCUUCCAGCCGCUUUGCUUCCAUGGAGUCCCUAGACCAGGAAGGUGCGGGAAGAUUCUGGAGUGAGGGCCGCGGCCAGAAGAGGCCCAGAGAUAAGGAGUUGAGCGGCAGCUCCACAGACACCCCCGCCAAAGGGGUACACAAAAGAAGGGGACGCGGCCGUCCGCCAACCACCGGCGAGUACGUCGGGCUGGCGGCCGCCAAAGAAUCGUUGAGAAAGGCGACAGAGGCGGAGAUGAGGGCACGAGCCGAGGCGGAACUCCUUGACUCAGUUCUGGAAGCCCGCAAGACUCGAUCGGCUCUGGUCACGGCAGGUCUAUCAAAUGCCGCGCCACUGGAAGUUGAAGAAGACACGGCGAUCACCGUCCUCAAACGGAUCGGAUCCAGCCUCGACGUAGUCGAAAGAGUGGCGAAGAAAUCGUCAAACCUUAAGGGAACCUUUGUGCGCGCACUACAGGAUGCCGUCAGCGCCAUUAAAGAGGACGUCGCCGGCCUCGCCCAGAGGUCGGUAUCGGAUGAGACGCGCGCCUUGCAAGCAGAUAAUGCCCGCCUGCAAGCUGAUAUGGCCAGCCUCCGCAAGGAGCUGAAUGAGAUGCGCCAGGAGAUGGAGAGGGUGCGGAAGCAGGGUUCCGCCAAUGCCCUCAUGGAUACGACAAUGGAGGCCGUCCCUGUCCGGCCCCCACAACCACAACCAGAGACCUCUCUUGAGGAUAUUUGCAGGACGGUAAUGGUCCAGGUGGGCGGUAUGCUCAAUGCCCGCCUGGCUUCCCUAGAGGAUAGGUUGCUCCCCGAAAGGAACCUGCGACCACCAUUAGCGUCGGACAAGAAGAAGGAGGCCCGCACGUACGCGACUGCAACCGCGGAGCCCACACCCGUACCAUCUUUGGGUGCUCAAAAAACAGCUGGGACAAAGGUGCCCCCGGUGCCAGCACAGCCCGGUCCCAGUGGGCUCACGCGCCAGGCGCCCAACGUGCCCAAGAAGAAGAACAAGAAAGACUCCAAAAAAGGAGCCAAAAAGAAGGAGAAAACUCGGCCGUCGACUAGCGAGAACUCAAAGUCCUCCCCUGUCGCCCCCGUAGCACCAUCAAAUGUCGCCCCUCCUCGUCGUCCUCCAAAUCCAGACGCGCUCGAGGAAAACUGGGUAACUGUAGGGAGAAACGGAAAGGCACAACGACAAAAGUCGAAAGCGGCUCCCACGCAGGCACCAACAUCUGCGCCUGCACCGCGACCGCAGAGACUAAAAGUGCCUCGAAGCUCUGCCGUUGUCGUGACACUUACCGAAGCGGCAAUUAAUAAGGGGCUAACAUAUAGUAGUGUCCUGAAAGAGGCGAGAUCGAAGCUCGAUCUAAAAGAGGUGAUAG